AUGCGUUUUUCGAUGGAAUCAAUAUUGUGCGGUCAAAUAAAGAACAAUAGUGCUAAAGGGCGCAAACGAUCACAUGAAAGUUGCAACAAAGACGCCUUUGGUAACAGAAAUAAAUGCAAAGAAUCAAGCAGUGAGGUUUUGAGGGCAAGUACAAGUCCAGAUCGACCGGAAAGUUCAUCAUUAAACAGCACUAAUAAUAUUGUAACAUCUGUUCAAGGUUCAAGCUCAGGAUCAUCACACUUAACUGACUACAGCUUUUUUGCGGAUGAACACACUCACCAGACUAGUUAUAGUACAAAAUACACGAGGUACUCUAAAUCAGGAAGGCAGGGAAGAAUCGACAUCAGCAGAAAUGCUUGUAGUGAUGGCAAAAUAGGUAUCAUCAGCUCUUCUAGAUCGGAAGGUUCAGCAUCACCAAAGUGGUCAACUAAUUUUACCAAGGAUACUAAUCGACCUGGUUCAAGCUUGGAAAUAUAUCACGAACCUCUCAGUUUUAGUUCAGAUGAUGAGGGCCAGUGCGAAGAUAAUUCGAGGCAGACGAACAAGCACAGCAGUAACCGAAGCAAGUCUAGCACAACUAAACCAGCUUACUCAUACAUUGCUUUGAUUGCAAUGGCAAUCCUGAAUAGUCCCGACAAGAAGUUGACUUUGUCACAGAUAUGCGACUUUAUUAUUAACCGAUUUCAGUACUAUCGAGAAAAAUUUCCUGCAUGGCAAAAUUCAAUCAGGCAUAACUUGAGUUUAAAUGAUUGUUUCGUUAAAAUUCCACGAGAACCAGGGAAUCCCGGGAAAGGAAAUUAUUGGGCCUUAGAUCCGAAAGCUGAGGAUAUGUUCGAUAAUGGAUCAUUUCUUAGACGUCGCAAAAGAUUUAAACGCCAGCAACCAGAACAGGAUUAUCAGUCAGUUGCUUAUCCUGGAACAACGUUCUUACCUCCAGGACCACCUUUUCUAGCUUCAGCAUUCAUUGGAACCCCUGGUGUUUCACCACUUCCGCGAUUAACACCCAUCAGACCGGCUCCGUCGUUGGCAUUUCCACCACUUGUGCCUCGUUUACCUGAAGGUUUUCCACCUCGAAUUCCUGUCGCUAAUCCACGAACAUUAAUGAUACCACCAGCUACGCAUGCACCCUCACCUUUUCCAUGUAUUCCCACGGGUAUAUCACCAACUGCUGAUCAUCAGAAACUGCUUGCUACAAUAGCCGCAAAAGUUAUAGCAUCAUCGCAAAGCGACAGUAUCCCUACGACUUACAAAUAA